CCCUCCCUUUCCCCCCCCGCCACAGCUGCAGUCGCAGAACACCAUUUUCAUGCCUGCCUCGCCGGCAGGCAUGGAGAGAGCGGGGUCGUACGUGGCAGUGGACGUCGCGCCGGGUCGAGGUGGCUACAGGGACACCAUGGAGCCUUCCACCGCUUGCUCCUGCAGCUGCGCCUGCUUCUGCAGCUGCCCCUGCUCCCCGCUGGGGGUGGAGGCGGGGAAGCCGGUGCGGCACAUGGCCGCGCUGGUGCUGGCCCGGGGCGGCAGCAAAGGGAUCCCGCUGAAGAACAUCAAACCGCUGGCCGGCCUGCCCCUCCUGGCCUGGGUGCUGCGGGCUGCCGUCGACGCCAAGGUCUUCCAGAGUGUGUGGGUUUCCACAGAUCAUGAUGAAAUUGAGAAUGUAGCAAAGCAGUUUGGUGCCAAAGUUCAUCGCAGAAGUUCUGAAGUAUCUAAAGACUCUUCUAGCUCUCUGGAAACCAUAGCAGAGUUUCUUCGUCAUCAUCCAGAGAUUGAUAUCGUAGGAAAUAUUCAAGCAACUUCUCCCUGUUUACAUCCCACUCAUCUCAUAAAAGUGGCAAGAAUGAUUCAAAAGGAAGGCUAUGAGUCUGUCUUUUCUGUUGUGAAACGCUAUCAGUUUAGAUGGCAUAAGAAUAAAAACGGAGUUUUGGAACCUGACAACGUGAAUCCAGCAAAGCGCUGCCGGCGGCAGGAUUGGUCAGGAGAGCUAUAUGAAAAUGGGUCAUUCUACUUUGCUACAAGACAAAUAAUUGAGAGUGGCUGCUUGCAGGCUGGGAAAAUGGACUACUUUGAAAUGGGUGCCGAGCUCAGUGUGGACAUAGACGUCGACAUCGAUUGGCCUAUUGCGGAACAGAGAGUGAUGAGAUAUGGCUAUUUUGGUAAAGAGGCUCUACACAAGGUGAAAUGGCUGGUUUGCGUUGUUGACGGAUGCCUCACAGAUGGUCACAUUUAUUUGUCGGAAGAUCAGAAAGAAAUGAUUUCUUAUAACUUUAAAGAUGCUGUUGGGAUCGAGUUACUACGGGAAAGAGGAGUUAAGGUACUGCUGAUCUCUGAAAGGAACUGUUCAAAAACACUCUCAGCUAUGAAGUUGAACUGUGACGUGGAAGUCCGUGUGAAGAAUAAACUUCAAGUUGUUGAAGACUGGAGGAAAAAAAAGCGUUUGUGCUGGAAAGAAGUGGCUUAUUUAGGAAAUGAAGAAUCCGAUGUGGAGUGCUUGAAGAAAGCUGGCACAAGUGGUGUUCCAGCGGAUGCUUGCACAGCUGCACAACAUGCUGUUGGCUUUAUCUGUAAAUGCAGUGGUGGUCGGGGUGCCAUCCGUGAAUUUGCAGAACACAUACUUCUGCUAACAGAGAGAAGUGAA